GGAGGAGGAGAAUUACUCUAAUAAUGUUCCUGUAGGCUGUUCACUCUCUCAGUUCACUCUCUCAGUUCACUCCUGCUGUUCACUCCUGCGUGUGUAUAACACUGUUUACAGUACUGCUUUCUCCAGAGGUUUACUUUCUUUUUUUCGAGUUUGAUUGCAACUAUUCGGUUCAUGUCGGUCAUAUCGAGUGAUUAAUCGGCACAAAUCUCUCUUUAGAGACGAUUCUUGAUCUCUCCUGAUGGAUUUACAAGCUGUUUGCUGCACUCUGUUUCUGCUGCUGACAUGUUCAGGUCGAGGCUUUGGCCAAGUGUUGGAAUUACCUGAGAGUAUAAAUAAAACAGUUGGGGAGAAUGUAGUAAUUACCCCAAAACGUAUUCCUGAUCCUCCUUACUUCUCAGUCAGAUGGAAGGUUAAUACAACGAACAUUCUUAUUGGACCACUGAAUGGAAUUAAUAUAACGUCACCGUACAAAGACAGAGUCAGUUUUAACACCAUAUCUUUAGCUCUGGAGCUCAGGAGCCUGACUGAGAGUGAUACUGGACAAUAUGUACUGAGUGUAGAAACUGUAACUAGUUACAAUGGUCAGACCUCACUGCUGGUGCUUGUUCCAGUCUCCAACGUUACCAUAGUACCAAAUCAUACAGAGCUGGUUGAAAACAGCACUGUGAGUUUCGUCUGCUCUGCAUCUGGUUCCUCUCUUUCAUUUAUUUGGCUAAAUGGCAGCUCUGAGAUAACGGCAGGGGAGCGAGUCCAGCUAACAGACAACAACAGAAAUUUGACCAUUACCAGUGUGAUAAGAGGAGACACAGGCACAUACGUGUGUGAAGCAUACAACAGCAUCAACAGAAAUAGGAGUCUCCCAUCGAGCCUCAUCAUUUACUAUGGUCCUGAAAAUGUUGCUGCUGCAGCAGAUCCAGAGAAACCCUUCUACAGUUCUGGGUCUAAUCUCAAAUUAAACUGCUCAGCUGAGUCCAGGCCUGCUGCUAAGUUUCAGUGGGCUUUGAAUGGAAGAGAGCUUAGUGAAAUGGGCCAAGAGCUCAAACUGAACAACAUUCAGAUCAAUCAAACUGGCAAUUACACUUGCAUAGUACAUAACACACAGACCCUACAAUAUUCUGUGUCUGAACCGAUCAGCAUCAAUAUACUAGUGCCAGUCUCCAACGUUGCCAUAAUACCAAGUCUAAAAGAAGUUGAACUCAACAGCACUGUGAGUUUCGUCUGCUCUGCGUCCGGCUCCUCUCUUUCAUUUAUUUGGCUAAAUGGCAGUUCUGCGGUAACGACAGGGGAGCGAGUUCAGCUAACAGACAACAAUAGAAAUUUGACCAUUACCAGUGUGAUCAGAGGUGACACAGGCCCAUACGAGUGUGAAGCAUACAACAGCGUCAGCAGAAAAAAGAGUCUCCCAUUCAGCCUCACCAUUAAGAUUAAUGACUCAGGGGAUGAUGGAAGAGUUGUAGGUUCACUGUCUGCAGGAGCGAUAGCUGGGAUUGUUAUUGGAGUUUUAUUAGGUGUUGCUGCAAUUGCUGGGUUGAUUUUCUACUUGGUGAGAGACAAAAAAACGUCAGAAACAAACUCCAGUGGAAAUAGGCAGAAUGGAGCAACACCAAAUGAAGGACAGCAUGAAUUACAUUAUGCUGAAGUCCGCCACAAUCGGAAAAAUCAAGGGCAGCCGGGAUUAUCAGCCACAACAACGGCUCCCACACCUUCUUAUGUGCCUGGGAAUAAUAAGACAGCGACAUCUAAUCCUGCAGGGCAAAUCAUUUAUUCUGAUGUGAGGAAUUUGUAGAGUGAUGCGACAUCAUUAGAUGUGGAUAACACUUCUGAACGCCUCCUAAAAAAAUGCACAAUUCAGGAAUUGUUCAAGAGCCAAAUGUAGAUUUUAUUAACCUGCCAUUGACGUGGAAGAGAUAAUCAUCAAUCCAAGAUCUUAGUUAACUGAUUGUUUUUCUCUGCAGAUUCUGCUCAAUUAGGAACAGGUAUAUAGAUAAAGCCAUUUCAGUUCUCUGAGGAACAGACCCUGACUGUGUUUAUAACCUUUGGACUCUGUUACUCAGGGAACUGAAUUGAGGAAGUAAUAAAAGUUAGAAAUUAACUGGAUGUUUCAAAUAAAAAGCAGUGCAAUGUUUCCCGGCAUAAAGCAAUAUAAAAUCAUAAAUUUCAUACUUUGUUCUAAAAGAAAAUGCAAAUAUUUUUGUAAUAUAUUUUUGUUUCAUCUAGGCCUAUGUCAUUUUGUCCAAAAUGUAUAUACAGUAUAAUCGUUUUUUUAAAGAUUGUAUAAUAAUUGUUUUAACAAUGCUAGGAAUUCACACAAAACCACAGAAAGUCAUCUGAAUUUUUAUUUAAAUUAUUAACUCAUGCUCUCGGCUCUUUAUUUAACAUUUAACUACACUUGCCUAUAUCUGUGACCAAUGUUUCAUUUAUUGAUUUAUUUAAUAAUUUAUGCUGUUUAUUUUCCCUAAACUUACUUUGACUUAACAAACAAUAAAGCUUAUUUUGGUGUCAUUCAUAAUCAGUUUUGAAUACUUAUACCUUUAAAAAAAAUAUUUCAUAUUAAAUAUUGUGUGAAAAAUA